AUGUCUGUAUAUGUGUGUCCACCUGUGUUUCUGCCUAAAUAUAUAUGUACAUAUAACAACCAGUGUAUCUGCCUGUAUAUCUGUAUGUGUGUGUUUACUUGUGUCUACCCCUGUGUUAGUAUGUGUGUAUCUGUGUCUGUGUGUGUUCACUUGUGUCUCUGCCUGUAUGUAUCCACUGUAUGUUUGCUUAUAUGUCUGUACAUGUGUGUCUACCUGUUUGUAUGUGUUCACCUGUGCUUCUGUCUAUAUAUUUGCACAUGUGUCUACCUGCAUGUCUGUAGUGUCCACUUGUGUUUCUGCCUGUAUGUUUGUACAUGUGUGUCCGUCUGUGUCUAUACAUGUAUACAUCUAUGCCUGCCUAUCUCUCUGUACAUGUGUCCACCUGUGACUCUGUACAUGCAUGCCCACCAGUGUCUGCCUGUAUGUGUCUGCACCUGUGUAUUCUCCUGUGGGUGUCUGAAUGUGUGUGUCCACCUGUAUCUGACUGCAUGUGUUUAUAUGUGUAUUCACCUGCCUUCCUUUUUCUCUAUACAUGUGUCCACCUUCAUGUCUGCCCAUAUGUGUCUACAUGUAUAUGCCCGCCUAUGUCUGCUUGUAUCUCUAUACAUGUGUCUGCUUGUGUGUUUGCAUGUGUGUCCACUGUCUGCCUGUAUCUCUGUAUGUGUGUCCACCUGUGUCUGCCUGUAUCUGUAUCUGUGUCCACCUGUAUCUCUGUAUGUGUGUCCACCUGUCUGCCUGUAUCUCUGUACAUAUAUCCACCUGUCUAUAUCUCUGUGUGUCCACAUGUCCACCUGUGUCUGCCUGUAUCUGUACCUGUGUCCACCUGUAUCUCUGUAUGUAUGUCCACUUGUGUGCCCACCUGUCUGCCUGUAUCUCUGUACAUAUAUCCACCUGUCUAUAUCUCUGUGUGUCCACCUGUGUCUGCCUGUAUCUGUACCUGAAUCCACCUGUAUCUCUGUAUGUGUGUCCACUUGUGUGUCCACCUGUCUGCCUGUAUUUCUGUACACAUAUCCGCCUGUCUAUAUCUCUGUGUGUCCACAUGUCUGCCUGUAUUUCAGUACGUGUGUCUGCCCAUAUGUGUCUGCAUGUGUGUGUUCCCGUGUGCUUUUGCUUUAG